CCGUGGGUUGCCGACCCCUGAACCAGAGGUUGUGCAUUAAUGUGAUAGGUGGGAAUAGGGAUUAUGAGAUCCGUCUGAAGAAAGACAAGUCGGUGAGACUGAAUCAUAGGACGGAAUAGUAGCAACAUUCUUGCAGUCCUGCACAUUAUCGAACAUUCGAUUCUUGAAAAAGUGCGGCCAGGUGCCAUGAAAGUAAUCACUCUAUAAUAGCAAAGGAGGGACCACUGACGUUUCCUGAGCAAAAAAAAAACAGCGACAAAUGUGUAAUUUGUGAGGAGCAAGGGGUUAGGAUAUUUUUAAAAUCGUCAACAACUUGGUCAGGUUGGGUUCACUUCAAUUUGAGGCGAAGGUUUCAAAUCGUUGAUUUAAUCCGAGACGUCUAUAGCGUCAAGAAUGAUUUUACGUUCACGUUACCGGUUGGCUACUGGUUUCAGGAUCUGGCAGUGUCACAUAGGUCAGGAAGUAACUUGACAACAUGACGCAGACACAUUGAAUUUGUAACACAUUACAAGCUAAACGAGGAUUUUAGUCAUUCCUUCUUCAGAGUGAUACCGGUAUUAGUUUUUGAAAAUAUUCGAUAUACAAUACAACUAUCUACCAGGGUAGGUAUGAUACCGUACUUACCGACCAUGCCAUAGACAUAAAAGAUCACAUGUUACAAGAUCGUCCGGGUGAAGGGUGACUGGCAGACUGCUAUAGCAGUACGGUAAAACCAUUAUAUUAUUAUAUAUACGCGUUGGGUAAAACCAUGUGACUGUAUGAGGAAGUUUCGAUUGCAUGCGACCAAGCCUUCGACUUUUGAAUGUUACCGUAAAUCUGCAAAUCUACUAAAAACAAGCAGAGAGAAUGAAUUUUUAUUAUACUGUUAUAAUAUGAGCAGACAUAGACGAUCUCAUACACCAGUAUAUAGGCCAAUCAUGUCGUAAUAAUUUCUAUGUAAUGCCAAUUUUGAUAUAUUAUAUAAGAGCUAUUAUUAUUCUAUAAUUUAUACUCAAUAAGGCGGUGAGGAAAAAUUGAUAUCUUCUGUUUAAUUUUUGUGUUCUUAAGGUAGGCCUUUGAUUCAGUCUUGGUUUACAUUUUUUCAAUAAAAAAUGUACCUACCUUCAAGUUUUUUUUAUAUAGAUUACAUAUGUCUGUAUGUUGUUACGGUAGGAAAGAUUCCAUAUCCCGGUGGCUUCCUCCUUCCUUCACUCUCAGUUACUAACAAAACUAAAAAUCCUAAUGUUUUUUAAUUAUAAUUAAGUAGUGACUGUUAUUCUGUACUCUUUUUUACUCUGUCUUUAUUUUUAACUGUUUUGAUUAUGCAUUAACUUCGCAAGUUCUGGAACCAAUAUUCUGCCAAGUGGUUAUUAAUAUGUACUUAUACCAAUGUGGUACUAUAUGCAAUAUCCCACUUUUAAACAGACACUAAGACCCUCCUAAUACUUGUUACAUAGUAUCAAUUGAUGCAAUCAUUUAAGCUCUCUUCAAGAUAAUAUUUUAUGUAAUACAAAAUAUCCUGAUUCUCAUGGUAUCAAGCUAACCUUACUUGUACAUAUGGAAAUCUCAAGGCGUAAUAACAAUAUGAUUAGGGCCAGUUCAGAAAGUAUUUUACAGAGGAAAAAGAUCUGGUUACGAGACAAAAUAGAGGAAAUAAGGACUUCGUAUAACGACACUCUAUGUGCAUUCCGAGACAAACUUGAUGGUGUUGUGACCGAGCCUGUUAGCAAUGCGAGUAAUAUUCUUGAUCGACCGGACAAUUCAUUGUCUUUGCAGGAUAUUGCAUCUGCUGGAAACCUUUUACAAGAAUGCAAUAACAAACUGUUUGAUUUACUGUUAAGCAUUUGCCCCGAAAACAGUAACAUAGGUGGUAAUGAUGGCCAGCAGUUGAGAUUGUUGGGAAUUCCUACAGAAAUGAAUGAUGCUCCUGUUAUUCUGCAACCGGCGGAUGCAAUUCAUAUAAUGUCAACAGAUCAUCAGGUAAAUGUCGACUACAUGCAGUUAGAAGCAGCAUCGGUAGAUGCAAAUAAUAAUGCACCACUUGUUCCUCGUAGCAGUUUGAAAUAUAGCACUGAAAGUGAUUCCAGUGUCUUUGAAAGAUCACCUGCUCCUGCUUCUCAUUGUAAUAGCAAUGUGUUAAUGCCGGGUCGUAGAGCAGUAUCAGAAAAAGAAAUUCCAUCCUCAGAUUUGGACUUGACAUUAUCAUCAAUUCUACCAUGCGAUCCACAUUCAACACCAAAGAAAGAAAACAUCAUGGUUCGUAAGAAAUCCAGCAGCCUUACUCAAACAAGCUCUGAUAUUUCAUCUGAUAUCUCUGCCUUGGAUCACACACCAACUAGACGCACUUACUAUGCUUAUUCAAGUGAGGAGAGAGAAAACAAUGUAUUUCAAGGAACUGUUAGUGAUGUGGUGUCGCCAUCUCGGUUCAGUGUUCAACCAAAGCAAAAUAUGCGAAGGAUUGAGAAACUACAACACGAUUUAAAUCGAUUCUAUGAGCAACGUACAAAAGAAAUAUCACAACUUGAGUUCAAGUCACCUCCCCUUCCUGGCGAAUAUUGUGCAGUGGUUUAUCAGCCUGAUAAUAAUUGGUACCGAGCUCUUGUUAUGGAGGCAUCCACUCAACCUACUAUUAUGGUUGAGUACAUUGAUUAUGGAAAUAUGGAUAUAGUACCUUGGACAUCUGCUCUCAAAUUACAUCCAAAGUUUUCUCAACUUCCUAGACAAUCAAUUUGUUGUUGCCUAGCUGAUGUGAAACCUUUGUCACCAAGAGAUGUAACGAUUGAUGAUACAGCAUAUGAUUCAGAAUGGAAUUUACCAGCUAUCGACUUCUUUGACAAAUUUGUAUACAAUCAAACUUAUGAGCUUGUCACUGUUGAAAAUCCAUCAUCUUCAGGAAGAGUCAGUGUGAAACUGUUCUAUGUGGAGAUUACAGAGGGCAAACCACCAAUGGUGAAAAAUGUUUCCAAUAUAUUGGUGAAGGAAGGAUUUGCAACAUUUAUUGAAAAUGAAAAAGUUCCAAUAGAAAAACUUGAUCAGAAAUGUCUUGAACAGAUUAAAAGGACGAAUAAAAAUUUGAAUGAAUCAUCACGUAAUCCAGAAGUGUACAAAUCUUCCGCAGAUGAUAAUUCUACUAAAGCACAAAGUGAUGGUGGUCUAUCUACUUACAGCAAGAAGCUUGACGCAGGAGAUGCAAGCAGGCGUAUUCAUCCAUGUUCCAGUAACAGGCUUUCUAUUACGCCGCCUAUAUUACCAAAACCUAAAGUGAACGAAGCGUCAAGAUCAAUGUCAUGCAUUCCAGCUGGAAUGGAACGAACCCACCAUAAUUAUGCAUCAAGACCAAAACAUGCGAAAACUGCCUCAAAAUCUAGUGGAUAUUAUGAGCGCAAGCCACCCCCUAUACCCUCGUCCACAAAAUACUCUGUCGGGGGUCAGAAGUCUGCUACUUCCACCAGUUGCUCGGAUAGCAUUAGAAAUACAGAGACGAAAAAUGACUUACAUCCUGUGGAAAAUGAAGCCACUUUGCCAGAGGGACCAAGAUUUCUGACACCUACCUCUUCUGUUAGUACAAUGCUUAGCAAUAAUAAUCAGAAAGCCACAGAAGAAGAUAAAAAAAUGGAGGAGUGGAAUCCUAUGGAGUCUGAUUUUAAUUCUUUGAGAAAUUGUUAUGGAGUUGAUGAUGAAAAUGCCUGCGCCGUGACGGAAGGAUUCGAUCCUGAAAAAAUGAAUGUUUGUCCAUAUUAUGUUCGUGGAAAAUGUUGGAAUGGGGAUAAAUGUAUAAACAGUCAUCCAGCUAGAUAUCAAAAUGGUGAACUCAGGAAUGAAACCCAAACAUUUUCUGCUUCUUCGUUAUUGAAGUUAGAGUUGAAUGAAGGAGUAUGGUGUAUUGUUCGAAUCACAGUUUCUGAUAGAACAGACAACUUUUACGUACAUGUUGUAAAGAUUGUUGGCAAUAUGAAAGAUUGCAUAAAUCUUGGGAGAAAUAUAUCAGUUCUUCCAGAAAUAUCUCCAGAUCUUGGCACUUUAAUGUCUGACAUGAAGCAAUAUUAUUCACAAAGUACAAGAAGGUUGAAGGAUUUGAUUCAACCAUGCAAAGGAGAGAUGUACGCUGUCCAUGUACCAGAAGAGAAUUGUUUCUACAGAGGAAUGAUAUUAGAAGUUUCUUAUUCUACUACUUCGUUUACCACUGCAAGGGUUUUCCUUGUGGAUUUUGGAAGAGAAGUCAUGGUCUUGGAAAGGUAUUUACACCCAAUGCAUUCAACGUUUAUGCAUUUACCAAGACAAGCUGUUCAGUGUUGUUUGAAUGAGGGUGAAGAUUAUAAAGGUGAAAAUUUGGGUUCAAAUGGAACUCGACCACACCUAGCAAUGCAGAUUCAUGAAAAAUGUGAGGAGACUGAUGGACCGCUAAUAACAUCACUUUUCAGGAUAGAUAAAGAUGGUCUUCAUCGUAUAUCCCAAUUUUAAUCUAUGAUGACUGUAUGGGAGUGGAGUGAGAAAUCAAAAGACUUUUUUGAAACUGGUCGAACUCUUAUGUAUCGAUUAAACUUUGUAGUGAUCACAAAGUGUGAUCCGAUGCCUUAGUGGGGUUCUUAUGUUAUUAUUUGUGCCAAGCAACAUUCACAAAAGGAGUUUCUUUCCUUUCUUUCAUGAAUAAUAAAUUCAUAUUCACAAGUUU